GCUUUCUCGAGGAAACGCAUCCAUUACAGAUGGAGCAGCUACGUGUAACACCAAGCUAAAAAAAAUCAGGCAAACCAGCAGAGUCUCGAACCAUACUGAGGAUUGAGGCGAUAUAUUUACCACAAGAAGUACCUUGGAUUUUUCUGGUUUCAUAUGGAGAGUUUCAUUUAAUAUCCGGAUAUGCCACCAGCUUAAAAACACGAAUAUAAGGCUGCUGAUCGCUCGCUACAAGCUUAGAAUCAAAUGCACUCUGCUUUGUGCUAUGUUUCUCAGUGAAUAUUCACGGUGAGAGGACGGGCCGACGACACCAAGGAAACGAGAGAUGGCUUCGCGCAAAACAUAUCUCAAAGGUCCCAUCGCAUCAAUUAAAGCUUCAUUGCCUAGAAAGGUAAUCUUCUGGAUGUUUCUGGUCGCGUGUCUUCCACCCUGUUCUAGCAAAAAUGAAGAUGAAGAUUAUGAAGAUUUGACACUUAAUAAGACAUGGGUACUGACUCCAAAGAUUUAUGAAAGUGAUGUUACUCUUAUUUUGAACAAUUUAUUGGAAGGCUAUGACAAUAAACUCCGACCUGACAUAGGAGUGAAGCCAACAAUAAUUGAUACCGACAUGUAUAUAAAUAGUAUUGGUCCAGUGAAUGCUAUCAAAAUGGAAUAUACCAUUGAUAUCUUUUUUGCUCAAACAUGGUAUGAUAGACGUCUCAAAUUUAAUAGCACAAUGAAGGUCCUUGGACUCAACAGCAAUAUGGUUGGCAAAAUAUGGAUACCAGACACAUUCUUCAGAAAUUCAAAGAAAGCAGAUGCCCAUUGGAUAACAACCCCAAAUCGAAUGCUUAGGAUUUGGAAUGAUGGAAGAAUAUUAUACACACUAAGGUUGACCAUUGAUGCUGAAUGCCAGCUUCAGCUGCAUAACUUCCCAAUGGAUGAGCACUCCUGUCCGUUGGAAUUCUCAAGCUAUGGCUAUCCUAAAGAUGAGAUAAUAUACCAGUGGAAGCAAAGUUCUGUUGAGGUUGGUGACACACGGUCUUGGAGACUGUAUCAGUUUGCAUUUAUUGGAUUGAGAAAUACCACAGAGUUUGUCAAGACUACUUCAGGAGAUUACGUUGUAAUGUCAGUGUAUUUCGAUCUUAGCAGACGAAUGGGGUACUUCACCAUUCAAACCUACAUCCCUUGCACAUUGACUGUUGUUUUAUCCUGGGUAUCAUUUUGGAUCAAUAAGGAUGCAGUACCAGCAAGAACAUCAUUAGGUAUUACGACUGUCUUGACCAUGACCACACUAAGCACGAUUGCUCGCAAAUCCCUCCCUAAGGUUUCCUAUGUGACUGCUAUGGACCUCUUUGUGUCUGUUUGCUUUAUCUUUGUGUUUGCUGCUCUGAUUGAAUAUGGGACCUUGCACUAUUUUGUCAGUAACAGAAAGCCCAGUAAAGACAAAGACAAGAAGAAGAAGAAUCGUCUUCUUCGGAUGUUUUCGUCAAAGGCACCUACAGUUGAUAUUCGUCCUCGGUCAUCUGCUGUUCAGAUGAAUAAUUCCUCCCAUCCACAAGAACGGGAUGAAGAGUAUGGAUACGAGUGUCUGGAUGGCAAGGAUUGCACCAGUUUCUUCUGUUGUUUUGAUGACUGCCGUAGUGGAGCAUGGAGGCAAGGGAGGCUACACAUCCGUAUCACUAAAAUCGACUCAUAUGCCCGGAUCUUCUUCCCCACAGCCUUUGGUUUGUUUAACCUGGUCUACUGGGUAGGCUACCUUUAUCUGUAAACUGGAAGAGCAGGCAGAAACAUAGGCCUUAUCUGCUGCUGAUCCAUUAAGAUCACUUGUAAAAACACUUAACAGGAAAAGUUGUACACUUUUAAGUCUGUCUUACACAGAUUGAUGAUUGAAAAUUCAAUGCAUGUUUUUAUUUCUGCGCCGAAAUUGCUAUGAAUUACUUUUUUUAAAAAUCUUUUUUGUCUGGAGGACUAUUAUAAAUGAAAAGAAUGCAGCUCAUGAAACUCAUUUACUUAUCUGUUUUCUUGCCGAUUGUACUUACUUAUCCGUCCUCUUGGCACAUGAAGUGCCAGUAAAGCACUUUGGAGAUAGUUUUGCACUGGAAUCAUACUAUGGAUACCUACAGCUGUGGAUCAUUGCUCAGGACUACGCUCUCCUAUUGAAGGGACAAGAAAGGAAAACACAAGCCUAAGCAUACCAAUCUAUUCAUGAUUUCAAAUAUGUGUUUUGCUAUGAUUAAGUAAGUAAAGGAUAUUAAACAUCUGUUUCUACAAAAAGGGAUAGAGUGCAGUGAAGCCUCCUUUUGGCAGGGUUUUAAAGUUAAAUCCAAAAAUGUUGAAAAGCACAACAUGCCUAUUGGUUUCUCAAGCAAAAUAGUAAAUUAAUAGGAGAUGGUCCUCCAUCAGCAUUAACAGGACGUAAUGAUUAAAACUUAAAAGGUGAUGGACCUGUUUUGUAUUCCCAACUUCAUUUUUAUUUCCUUGUUAUAAAACUUUCUGGCAUUGUCCCCAAGAGGCAAAAUUAAUGAUCUCUUCUUGUUGGGUCUAAACUUAAUAAGAAUUACUCAUAAGAAGUGGUGGUUGAUAAAGAAGGCUGAGUGUCAUGAGUUUGAGUUUCACCUAAGCUCUAUCUUCUUUAAUUUGAUCUUUUGCUUUCAAUUGAGCUUCCUGCGUAUAAUGAACCAUUGCCCAGCCAAGGGGGACAGGCUGGUACCUUGUUCCCAGGCCACUGUCUGUUCUGCACUAUGACCAGGUGCAAGGAAACAAAGGUGGGAAAGAAAUCCUUGGACCUAAUCUAGUCAAAAACAAAAAUGAUGGAGGAACUCAGCCAGUCAAUCAGCAUCUGUGGAAAGAGAAUCCUAAUCUGGUCUGUUAUUCACCUUGGAAAGGUCCCCGGUCUUUAUGUAGUAUCCUUGUUCUUGCCCUAUUCAUUAUUUGAGAUUAAAAUAUUUCACCAUAUAGGCAACACAUAUUGAGACUUAAUUUGUGUUAACAAAGGUUACAAGUAUUUGUCUCAGCACGAGUGUUGUAUAUAUCACUACUGGUACCAUAGUGCUAAUGAAAGAAACACAAAUGUACUUCCUGUUUUGAGACUGCUUGAGAUCUGAGCUCAAGAUUUCCUUACACACAUGACACUUGCGCGUUGCACUGUAAUGAUGUUGAUGCACAUCUUGACAGUUUCAUGUAAAGUUUUAUACAAUAUCUGUAAUUAAACAGCUGUAGCUGACUCAUAUGAUGAUACU